GGCGGGACCCCGUGGAUGGAUGACUGGAGUUUCCCUUGCGGGCUGAAGAUUAAUGGAAGGGGUCUGUUGAUCUUAGGAAUCGACUAUCAGAUGGUCGGUCCCAAGGAACCGUUGCACUUGAUGCUGGUUUAGGAACGAAUGGAGAGAGAUCCAUUUGAAAUUAGUUACAGCGGAGAAAAAUACUAACCUGGACGGCACUUUUUUAUUAUCCAGGUCUCAACUGGAAAGGCCUGCAUACACAGAGAUAGCACCUGGUUAGUUCAGGCCAGGAUAAGACUGCGAGGGACGCUAAAAGCUAACGCUAGCUUGUUCGUCAACGUUAGACCGAAACCGCUCUCGACGACCCGUCUAAUGGUUCGGGCCGGAUUUGGGGUAAACCACGUCGCGUCUGGAAAUAAAGGACAACCGACUGACGUCUCGAGUUACUGUGAUUCGCUUGGAAAUCGACAGGCUAACGCCACAAAGCUAACAGCUACUGUCCAUCUCUGCUAGAGUUAGCUAGCGUGCUAGCUUAGCUAACCUUAAGCCUUAUUAUUGGCUGCAGGCUUGUACAUACACUCGCUUGGUUGUUGAACUCCUCCUAGGAGGGGCAUUUUGAGGAAACUUAUUCACACACGGAUGUUAAUAAUGGUAGCUAGUAGCUAGCUGUCAGCUUCAUUGAGCCCAGCAACUGCGUUAGCGGUGUAGCACCACUCGUCGACUUGUAGAGGAAUAAAGAACCUUAAUUCUGAGCCAAGGGACUCCACCAUCAGCCUGCUAACAUGGGCAACACGCCCACCGCAAAGAAGGGCAAUGAGAUGGAGAGCGUGAAGGAGUUUCUUGCCAAAGCCAAAGAAGAUUUCCUAAAGAAAUGGGAGAAUCCAGCACAGCAAACUGCGGCGUUGGACCACUUUGAGCGUUUGAAGACCUUGGGCACUGGUUCGUUCGGCCGAGUCAUGCUGGUUAAACACAAAGAGUCGGGUCAACAUUUUGCCAUGAAAAUACUUGACAAACAGAAGGUGGUGAAGCUGAAGCAGAUAGAACACACGCUGAACGAGAAACGCAUCCUGCAGGCAGUCAGCUUUCCCUUUCUGGUGCGACUGGAGCACUCUUUUAAGGACAACAGUAAUCUCUAUAUGAUAAUGGAGUAUGUACCCGGCGGCGAAAUGUUCUCCCACUUGAGGAGAAUCGGUCGAUUCAGCGAACCACACGCCCGCUUCUACGCAGCCCAGAUUGUACUCACCUUCGAAUACCUUCACUCGCUGGAUCUCAUCUACCGAGAUCUUAAGCCGGAGAACUUGCUCAUCGACCAGCAGGGCUACAUACAGGUAACAGAUUUUGGAUUCGCGAAAAGGGUGAAGGGUCGGACCUGGACGCUUUGUGGCACCCCCGAGUACCUGGCGCCAGAGAUCAUCCUCAGUAAGGGUUACAAUAAAGCAGUGGACUGGUGGGCUCUGGGAGUUCUGAUUUAUGAGAUGGCCGCCGGUUACCCCCCCUUCUUUGCUGACCAGCCUAUUCAGAUUUACGAGAAGAUUGUAUCAGGGAAGGUUCGCUUUCCCUCCCACUUCAGCUCAGACCUGAAGGAUCUGUUGAGAAAUUUGCUGCAGGUGGACCUGACCAAGCGCUUUGGUAACCUCAGGAACGGAGUCAACGAUAUCAAGGGCCACAAGUGGUUCGCCACCACCGAUUGGAUCGCCAUCUACCAGAGGAAGGUGGAAGCUCCCUUUAUUCCUAAGUGCAAAGGCCCCGGUGACACGAGCAACUUUGACGACUACGAGGAAGAGGAAAUCCGAGUCUCCUUCACAGAGAAGUGUGCAAAGGAGUUUGCCGAGUUCUAGAUUCCCACCAUGAGUAGCGGGCAGGAGAGAGAGAGAGAGAGAGACAGGGCUAUAGAAAGUUAAAGGAAGCGCUAGGAUGGACUGCUAUCUUGCUUAUUUGUAAUGACGACAACAAUGUAACCCCCCCCCCUCUGUGGAAAGGUAGGCAAAAUGGAGACAGAACCAGCAGUGUUGCAUUUUCUGAUUGUUACCGAUCCCUUUUUAUUUCACCGUCCUGCUUGUGACGGGCUGGAGGAGAGCAGGCGCAGGUUGUGGCUGUCUGGCUCUACUUGUAUCUUUCCGAUGGUGUAAUGACAUGCUUUCAGUCUUUGCAGGUUGAGGCAUUGAUUUUCUGUUACGGUACUGAAUCUCCUAGGCUUUUUUUUUCUUUCCUCCUUUCUUUUCCCCCGGAGCGGGCCCUCUCCACAGGCUCCUCAAUGAGUGGUUGUCGUAUCUCGUCACCGCCCUCCCAUCGCUCCAUCCUGAAUCUGUCCAAGCAAUACCAAGUCCAACAGGUGUGCCGAUCAAAAUGCCAACUGGUUGGAAAACUGUGUCAAAAGCAUUGGUGCAGAGCUGUGGCGACGGCGGCACCAGCCCUUGUGCCCGUUUGGUUUGAAGCUUGAAAACUCUCUGCGACUGCCUUUUGUCUGCUAAAUGUGGCAUGCUUACUGGGUAGAUGAUGCUCUCACUGCGGCUGAAGCAGUGGUGACCUCUUGAAUCCGAGUGAACGUGAAUUAUCACAGUAAAUUUCACCCACGUCUUGCUCCUUUUUUCUGCGACCUGUGAGGAAUGGUAAACCGGAGGUUUGCAUUUAAGUCUGUCUUUCUCUUGGCUGAAUUUAUUAAGGCAUUUUAAGAAUCCUAUUGGUGAUCAUUUCGUCCUCUUUAUGUCAUCUCUGUGCUUGUGUGUUAUUUAGUGCUCAUGGGUGGGUUAAAAAGCUGUGGUUUAGCAGCAACUAACAUGUGGUCACACUCCUGACUAUUGUUUAUUUAAUAAAUAAAGAUCUAUAUAUGUAUAUAUUAAUGCAUACAUAUAUACUAAUAUGUAUGUAUUAAUAUGUAUAUAUUUAUGUUAAUAUAUAUAUAUAAAUACUUAAAUCACAUCUUUUUCAAGAUUGUCUCAUAGGUGUGAAACAGAAAUUAAGAUUUCAUAAAUAAAUAAAUAUAUAAAUUCUGCCAAAUUUGCAAACUGAGAACAUUGCAAGGUUUUCUUUAUGUAAUUAUGACGGUGGUGGAUUUUAAUGCGCAAAAAAAGUAGCAAAACGUUUCAACAAAAUGUGCAUGUUAUUUUUGUACAAUAUCCCUUUUAAAGAAAGAUGGCAGAGCAUUACGCUUUAUUUGCGCUGAGGUACCUGAGAUCGUGGAUAACAUGCUUAGCUAUUGAAAUGGACUCUCGGCUGCUCUAUUUGAAGAUGGAACAAGACUCAGUUCAAUGUGUCCGAAGGUUCUUCUGGGGUUUGUUCAUUGAUCACUUGUAGGGCAAAAUGUUUGCUGAUAAUUGUCACUGAACUUGUGCUUCUCACCUUGAUUGUUUUUUUGUUUUUCCUCCCUUCCCCCCUUUCUCUUGUAUAUACCGUACAUGUAACACCUUCAGAUAGAUUUGCAGUCCAACCAAAUUUUUGGGACUGUUGAGAUUGGAGUGUUUUUUUUGUUUCCUUUUUCCAGCUUUCUAUGUAACAAAUUAAACUAAGGAAGCUAUCCUAAAGCUGUCCCCUUUUGCCAAGUUUAUUUCCGUGGAUGCAAGACAAUCUCAGACCAAAUCUCUGCUGGUUUGUUGACUAUACACUUGGUUUGAUAAAGGAUGUUUGCCCCCACCCACCUCCUCCCACCCCCACCUUCCAUAGGCCCUAGGUGCUAGACUUUAUCCAUCUCACUGAAAAGCUUCUGUGAAUUGUUAGAUGUGCAUCAAUUUGUCAUGAAGUCUUGUUCCAUGACAUUUCUGAGAAUGUUUUUCAACUCUAAAUGAUUUCGGUAGGCUUGAGGUAAUUAUUUUGGCUGUCUCUUAAUGUAAUUGAGAUCAAACCACAGAAUAUCUUUUUGAAUGUCUUCAAUUGUCUAACGGAGAUGGUUCCAAUGCUGUUUGGAAACACAAUGUUUAUUUUUUUCUCUGGUGAGCUUGUUUUUUUUCUUGCAUGUGGUAAAGCGACCCAAUGGCAAGACAUCACCUGGACCUGAAACGUGUUUUUGAGUAAUUCUAGUUUCCGCUGCCGACGAACUCAUCGCUGUUUAACCUUUUGAUUUGUUUGAGCAUCACGUCGAACAAUGCAGUGGACCACCAACUAACGUGUCCGGUCUUUUGCAAAUACUGAAGCACACGCCGCAUCCUUUCAGAUCUCCUGUUCAACUGAUUUGUGCUAAUUAUUUUAAAUUUUGAAGACACUAUGUAAUCCUUUUUUAAAGAGCGCACAUGUAAUAUAUUUGGUCUACGUUCUGGCAAAUUGACUAAAUCACAGUUGGUGUGUUGAAGGCGACGCCGCAGGAUCCACUCCAGACAUGGAGGUCGUCACAAUGCUUUUUAAAAUUAUUUUUGUUUCCCCACACGAAAACUUCUUGUCUCUUGUCUUUAAUUUUCUUCUAUCAGCUGAACACUAUCAACUGCUCUGUGCUAAUUCUGAGUUAUUCUCUUGUGUUUGCCUUCAACUUUCAUCCGGAUUUUCACACACUUCAUUCAAACAACACUUUUUACAUCUGAGAUGUUUUGCGUUCAUAUUUUCUAAUUGUAUUUUCAAAAAAAGCAAAAAAGCAAAAAUAGAACAUUAAUCUUUUCCUCAUCACCUGGGUACAGUGAUUGUGUAGUCUAUUGUACCUUUUGGGAAACAAUACUGUAUAUCCUUGCCUUUGACAGUCUUAACUAUUUUCCCCUCUGGACAACUUGACAGAUACCCUUAGAACACAAUGAGUAUGUUAAAAAAAUAUACAUAAAGUAAUAUUUUGCAAAAUGUAUCAUUCCAAUAAACUUUUACUUGUAAAGACUAA